GCAGGCCCCGGUUGGCCGCCGGAGCCGCCAGUUCAGAGGUGGUGACACAGGAGGCGGCGGCCCGGCCUGGCGCUGGGAGGGGGCGGCAGGGGCCGGUUACCGGGGAGACCGGGCAGCGCCCCGCGCUCCAUGCGGCCCGGCUGGCGCCAUGGCCCACUUCGACACGCAGUACCAGCGCCUGGAGGCCUCCUACAGCGACUCGCCCCCGGGGGAGGAGGAUCUGCUGGUGCACGUCCCCGAGGGCAGCAAAUCUCCCUGGCAUCACAUAGAGAACCUGGACCUCUUCUUCUCUCGCGUCUAUAACCUGCAUCAGAAGAACGGCUUCACCUGCAUGCUGAUUGGCGAGAUCUUUGAGCUCAUGCAGUUCAUUUUCGUGGUGGCCUUCACCACCUUCCUCGUCAGCUGCGUUGACUAUGACAUCCUGUUUGCCAACAAGAUGGUGAAUCACAGCCAGCACACCAGCGAGCUUGUCAAGGUGACACUGCCAGAUGCCUUUCUGCCUCCCAGCGUGUGCAGCGCAAGAAUCCAGCAGAACGGCUUUCUCAUUUCCAUCCUGGCGGUAGCGGGGGUUUUCUGGAUCCAUCGACUCAUCAAAUUUAUCUACAACAUCUGCUGCUACUGGGAGAUUCACUCCUUCUACAUCAACGCCCUCAAAAUCCCCAUGUCCAACCUGCCCUAUUACACCUGGCAGGAGGUGCAGGCUCGCAUUGUGCAGAUCCAGAAGGAGCAUCAGAUCUGCAUCCACAAGAAGGAGCUGACGGAGCUGGACAUCUACCACCGCAUCCUGCGCUUCAAGAACUACAUGGUGGCCAUGGUGAACAAGUCGCUGCUGCCCAUCCGCUUCCAGCUGCCCGGGCUGGGCGACACCAUCUUCUACACCCGCGGCCUCAAGUACAACUUCGAGCUCAUCUUCUUCUGGGGGCCCGGCUCGCUCUUUGAGAACGAGUGGAGCCUCAAGGCGGAGUACAAGCGGGGCGGCAACCGGCUGGAGCUGGCCGAGAAGCUGAGCGCCCGCAUCCUCUGGAUCGGCAUCGCCAACUUCCUCCUCUGCCCGCUCAUCCUCAUCUGGCAGAUCCUCUAUGCCUUCUUCAGCUACACCGAGAUCCUGAAGCGGGAGCCGGGCAGCCUGGGCGCCCGCUGCUGGUCGCUCUACGGCCGCUGCUACCUGCGCCACUUCAACGAGCUGGACCACGAGCUGCACUCCCGCCUCAGCAAGGGCUACAAGCCGGCCUCCAAGUACAUGAACUGCUUCAUCUCCCCCCUGCUCACCAUCGUGGCCAAGAACGUGGCCUUCUUCGCCGGCUCCAUCCUGGCCGUGCUCAUCGCCCUCACCAUCUACGACGAGGACGUGCUGGCUGUGGAGCACGUCCUCACCACCGUCACCCUGCUGGGCGUGGGCGUCACCAUCUGCCGGUCCUUCAUCCCAGACCAGCACCUGGUGUUCUGCCCAGAGCAGCUGCUGCGGGUGAUCCUGGCACACAUCCACUACAUGCCUGACCACUGGCAGGCCAACGCCCACCGCUACGAGACCCGGGACGAGUUUUCUCAGCUCUUCCAGUACAAAGCGGCGUUCAUCCUGGAGGAGCUGCUGAGCCCCAUCGUUACCCCCUUGAUCCUCAUCUUCUGCCUGCGGCCCAAGUCCCUGGAGAUCAUCGACUUCUUCCGGAACUUCACCGUGGAGGUGGUGGGCGUGGGUGACACCUGCUCCUUCGCACAGAUGGACGUGCGCCAGCACGGGCACCCGGCGUGGAUGUCAGCGGGGAAGACUGAGGCCUCCAUCUACCAGCAGGCCGAGGAUGGCAAGACUGAGCUGUCCCUCAUGCACUUCGCCAUCACCAACCCCAAGUGGCAGCCGCCCCGCGAGAGCACGGCCUUCAUCGGCUUCCUCAAGGAGCGCGUGCUGCGCGACAGCAGCGUGGCGCUGGCCCCGCAGGCCGUGCUGCCUGACCACGCCCUCUUCACCUCCAUCCAGUCCCUGCAGUCCGAGUCCGAGCCUCACAGCCUGAUUGCCAAUGUGAUCGCGGGCUCCUCAGCCCUGGGGUACGUGAGCCAUGAGCUGCAGGCCUCCCGCCAGCUCUCCGAGGUGGCCUCGGCCCUGCGCUCCUUCUCCCCGCUCCAGUCUGCCCAGCAAACUCACAGCGGCUUCCAGACAUCCGGGUCCCAUGUGGAGGGGGCACCGCCCCGGACCCACAGCACCAUGACGGCUUCUGGCACGGAUGCCAGAACAGCGAGCUCAGGGAGCAGCGCCUGGGAGGGCCAGUUACAGAGCCUGAUCCUGUCGGAAUACGCCUCCACCGAGAUGAGCCUGCACGCACUCUACAUGCACGAGUUGCACAAGCAGCACACGCAGACAGAGCCCGAGCGGCAUGUGUGGCACCGGCGGGAGAGCGACGAGAGCGGGGAGAGUGCCCCGGAGGAGCCGGAUGCUCAGAAGGGAGCCCCCGCCGUCAUCCCCCGCUCUGCCAGCUACCCCUUCUCCUCGCCGCGCCAGGCUGUGGAGGAGUCGGCCACCCUGCAGACGGGCUUCCAGCGCCGAUACGGCGGCAUCACAGAUCCGGGCACUGUGCACAGAGCCCCAUCGCACUUCUCCCGCCUGCCUCUAGGGGGCUGGGCUGAGGACGGACAGUCGGCACGACACCCGGAGCCGGUUCCAGAGGAGAGCUCGGAGGAUGAGCUUCCGCCUCAGAUACACAAGGUGUAGCUCUGGGGGUGAGGAUCUCGUGGGAUUCCGGACUCUGGAGCAGCCUGGGCAGCAGGACCCGGGGUCCCGGCCCCCUCCCCUGUCCCGCAGAGGUGGGGCGGGCAGAGGUGCCUAGCGCUGGCGUUCAUGCCGAAGGGACAGAACCACCACGUCAGCGCCUUGCGGUGGAAGCUUCUGUACAGACGUGUGUCAAGCCAACAUCACUCUGACUCGUACUCAUGUUGGGUGAAUGCGUGUGUGAGUACAUACGUGUAUCCGUGUCCGCAUAUGUGUUGUCCGUGUCGGGAACUGGCCAAGAGCUGCACGGAGCACCGCAGAGCCUGCGCGAGGCCAGCGACCCGCGGCUGGCAGGGGAGAGCUCCACAGGUUCCGGCUGCCGGCGGGAGAGGCUACUGUGGAGUCCCUGAGCAGAGCCAGCGACGCCUCCUCCACAGUCCAGCUCAAGACCCUCCUUCGAGCUGCAGCCGGCCGGCUUCCCGCCGGGGGAGGGACGCACCAGAAUCUAUUUUUGUAACAAGGGUGGAGAGUUGGGUUCCCCCGAGGACGCGCGUGCUGGAGUCCGACCCCUUUACAAGGCCGCGCCCUCCCCCAAAGCCCAGGCAGCUCCGUGUGCUCUGGCUCCGACCUGCCCUGCCCGUGGUGCGGGGGUGCCACUGCUCCUGGCACAGGGCUCCCCCCAAGUGACCCCACCCCCCACUUGCUGCUAUUGUCCGUGGGUCCCUCUAGCCUCCGAGCGCAGCCCGCCUGGGCAGCAGCAGGGGCAGCCUCCCAGCCCUGCUCGUGGCCGGCCAGCGGCUGCUGCUCACAGUGGCCCUGGCCCCCUCGAACUAACCAAGCCCCCCUUGGACGGCAGAGCGGGGGGGACGGGGGCCCCUCGGUCAACACUAACGGAGCAAGUGAAAGGAAAGAAUCAGGUGACUCGAGUAGCUUUGCCCCCCCCCCCCCCAAGGGGGAGUCUGGCCUGGGCCCCUAGCCUGGGACUGGGCCCCUUGCUGGGGAGCUGGGGCCAGGCGGUGCCGCCCUCCUUGUAAAUCAUUAGCACAUGGGCGGCCAAUCACAGCACGGGGCGGGGGCGGCUCUGGCCAAUCAGAGUACAGCUCUACUGGGUUAUUGAGUGACAGCGGCAGCUCCCAGAGGCCAGUGUGACUCUCCCCCCUUCUCCCUGCAUCGCCCCCAGCCCUGCUCCCACAGCGCCGAGCCCGAGCUAGGGGUCUGCCCCACGGUGCUCUGCACUGUACGGCUGGGGGGCAGGACUCCUGGGGUCUCUCCCCAGCCCCGCUGCUGGGGGCCUCAGGCCGGGCC